GACAUGCCCUUGGAUAGUUCGACCGAGGUGGUGCGGGUCGAAGGUAAGCACGGGAGGCCCACGAAGGACGGACGCUUCGUGUUCCGUGUUUCGGCAGGAACUCCUAGAGGCCUGACGAACAAACGGUGGGAGCUCGAUGCGGGAAGCUCCGCAGAUUUGGACAAGUGGAUGUCGGUCCUGGAGCGGGUCACAACGCGCGAUUCCGAGAAGGACGCAGUUUUUUUCGGGGAAAGACAUCCGCGGGCGGGUGACUUGGGAACUCGUUCAAGUUCUCCAUGGACUUCGGGCCGUUCACGCUCGCCCCCACGCCCGCCGUCCGCGGCGACAGCAUUUCUGUCGAUGACUACCCGCUCAUUCCGGGUCAAUUCUUGUCGACGGCGCCGGUCGUCGAUUCCGCUAACCUGGAGUAGACGAUUGUCGGGGACCUGAUUCUUCGGCAGGGCGACAUUCCGGCCUACCCUACGGACGACACACCGCUGUGGGCCCACCGUGUUAAGGGGUCGGUCGGGGGCACGGCCAAGGGGGGGCUAGGGUGUGCGUUGGAGGCAUGGUGGGAGAGAGCCACGAACGGUGGCCAAGACAUGGGUGUCCCUGUCCACCUGGCCGUGAACGGCAGGUGGAGGGUCGG